GGGCUCCGAGGGGGGAGCUGCUUCCGGGUGAGUCGCCCCGCCCCCACGUGGGCCCCGGGAGGGCAGCGCGCUCCUCGGCCGUGGCGGGAACCGCGUCCGCGACUUCUGGAGCCCGAGGCCGAGGCCAGCACGCUCAGUUCUGACACGACGGCGCCCCCACUGCCCACCAUGCAGCCGCAGUCGGUCCUGCACAGCGGCUACUUCCACCCGCUGCUUCGCACCUGGCAGACGACCGCCGCCUCCCUCCACGCCUCCAACCUCAUCUACCCCAUCUUCGUCACGGAUGUGCCUGAGGACAUCCAGCCCAUCGCCAGCCUCCCUGGAGUGGCCAGGUACGGUGUGAACCGCCUGGAAGAGAUGCUCCGGCCCCUGGUGGAAGAGGGUCUGCGCUGCGUGCUCAUCUUCGGGGUCCCCAGCAGAGUGCCCAAGGACGAGCGGGGCUCCGCGGCCGACUCCGAGGACUCCCCGGCCAUCGAGGCCGUCCGGCUGCUGCGCAAGACCUUCCCCAGCCUGCUGGUGGCCUGUGACGUCUGCCUGUGUCCCUACACCUCCCACGGGCACUGCGGGCUCCUGAGCGAGAAGGGGGCCUUCCAGGCCGAGGAGAGCCGCCAGCGGCUUGCGGAAGUGGCGCUGGCCUAUGCCAAGGCAGGAUGCCACGUGGUGGCGCCAUCAGACAUGAUGGACGGACGCGUGGGAGCCAUCAAGGACGCGCUCAUGGCCCACGGCCUCGGCAACAGGGUCUCCGUGAUGAGCUACAGCGCCAAGUUCGCUUCCUGCUUCUACGGCCCUUUCCGGGACGCAGCUCAGUCCAGCCCAGCCUUCGGAGACCGUCGCUGUUAUCAGCUGCCGCCUGGUGCCCGGGGCCUGGCCCUCCGCGCCGUGGACCGGGAUGUGCGGGAGGGGGCCGACAUGCUCAUGGUGAAGCCGGGGAUGCCCUACCUGGACAUCGUGCGGGAGGUCAAGGACAAGCACCCGGAGCUCCCGCUGGCUGUGUACCACGUGUCGGGAGAGUUUGCCAUGCUGUGGCACGGAGCCCAGGCCGGGGCAUUUGACCUCAAGGCUGCCGUCCUGGAGGCCAUGACCGCCUUCCGCAGGGCAGGGGCUGACAUCAUCAUCACCUACUACACACCCCAGCUGCUGCAGUGGCUGAAGGAGUGAGUGACGGGGAGCGAGCCCGCCCCGGGAGCCAGAGCCUUCCCGUGCAGACGUGAAAACCAAAGGGAACGCUGCUUUUAGGACUGCCCUCCUGCCUGCACCCUGCUCCCAUGCUGGCCGGGGCCCGGCUCCGGGUACCUCUGCAACCCUGCCAAAGCCUGACCACUCCCGGCCACCUCCUCACGGACUCUCUCAAGCUGGCCGGCCCUGCCUUGGCCCCGGCUCAUGUCUCUGGUGUGGCUGGUGGCAGCUUGCAGAGAGGCGCCGAGCCAGGGCCGGGGGCAGGCUGGGUGGGGCUGGGAGAGGGGCCAGUGCCUUGAGAGAAGGAAAGGAGAGUCGUCAGCCGUUGCAUCUUGGAUCCCGCCAGGGAGCCUCGGCCCACGAGUGCCCAGCUGCCUGAGACCUCAUGCUUGCUCCACUCUGAGCCAUAAACCCAAAGAAUUGCUCUUCGCCGAGCAGAAUCGUGACCUGAGGAUCGGCAUUCAGGAACCGAGAGAGAGUUCCUGACUGUCAGGACUAGUGCACCAAAAAGGCUUUUUCAUGAAGAAAAGUGUGGGGGGCACACCUGCUGCGUGCCCAGGCACUGGGCACAAUCCCAGGGAUGUAGCAACCCAUGACGGACCUCCAUUUGUUUCUCUGUGUGUGUGCGUGUGUACAUGUGUGUGUGUGUGUGUGUGUGUGUGUGUGUGUGUGUGUGUGUUUCUGGGGGAGUGAGGGGCGGUGUUAAUGAAGACACCAAUAAAGCAGUUACAGAUUCUCUCCGUGCCUGGCAGGAUGGGGUGGCGUGGGUGAGGUGGGGAUCGUGAGUGGCUGGUGGUGAAGUGUGGUUUUGCAGUGGGAGACGCUCAGCAGGGCUUCUGGGAGCAGGUGAGGGAGAAGAAGGUGAACAGGACCGGAAGCAGGAAGGGGAAGUCCUGCACUUCGAAGGAGUCGCAGCUUUUGUGUUGCAUCUUCUGUGUUUUAUGGUGGAGCCAAUAGAAGGAUCUUUUUUUUUUUCUUCCCCUUGUAAGGGACCCCAGCCCACAGGGGGGUCAGGAGCAUGUGGGCAUGUGCAUGGCACAUGGGGCUCAAGUUUAGGACCCCAUCCUGGCCCUGGGCCCUGCCUAAGUCACUGAGCCAGCUUCUGAGCCCUUUCUCCCCAGGGACCUCUCAGAAGAGCAGGGCCUCAGGGUUGCCCUGGGUGUUGCUGGCAGGUUCUGUGAGGCCCAAGCACCCUGUGGGCCCCACUAGCAAAGGAUCCCAGCCCUGGGACAGUCCGAGCAGCCUCCAGCACGGGCUCAAACCCUCACCUUGUGCUGCCCAGGCCAGCUUUGAAGUCAUCGAGCCCCAUCUUGGCUUCCUGCUCAGAGGGUCUCGCCUUCCCCCUUCGGGGCAGUGCGGGGUCCAGACCCAGGGGCUCCCACAGGCCAAGCACGUUCUCCAGCCCUUUGAGCCAUCUUCCCUGACCCCUUUUGAAGGAUUUCCGCCCAAAGCUGUGAGCUGUCACUUUCCCAUCUGAACGGGGGGAGUGUGGAGAAGGACCCAGAGGGAAGAGCCCCUGGGGAGGUGACUGAGGAGUGGCCGGCAUUGCCGUGGCCUGGAGCAGGAAGCAGAUGUGUUCAGGAUUUAUUGGGGAGACAGAAUUAGCGUAAUUGUGCCAACGCUUUAGACCUAGUGGGGCCCAAGGCAGAGGGAAACAAGGCUGCCUUUGUUUUUUUGUUUUUGUUUUUUUAAUUUUUUUUUUAUUGAAUCACCGUGAGCAACACUUACAAAGCUUUCGUGUUUGAGUUUCAGUCAUAAAAUGAUGGAACACACACCCCUCCUCCAGUGUACAUUUUCCACCAUCAAUAUCCCCAGUAUACCCGCCCCCCCUUUCCAGCCUUCCCCCUGCCUCUGUGGCAGACAAUUUCCCUCUUACUCUCUGUUUACUUUGGCGCAUUAUGGUUUGCAAUACAGAUACUGAUACA